AUGAAGAUAUCGCUCUGUAUCUUGCUUAUUGGUCUGAGAUCUCUGUAUGCAGUUCCAAUCAACUCAGAGUUGCAGAAAAAAUAUUUUGAUAUAAAUACAAGUCCAUGGCAGUACAGUGGAAAGUUUGAGGGCGACAUGCUCUUUUCAAAUAGGAGGAACGGGGUCACUAAUUUAAAUUUAAGAUGGCCGUACGGUAGAGUAUGCUACUACAUCGCGCCAUCCUUCACUUCCGCUCAACAGAAUAGAAUAAGAGACACGUUGAGGAACGCAUUUGUCGGCACAUGUCUUCAAGCCGUAGAAAACUGGCAAGACUGCAAUGGCGAUUACGUUUACUUUAAAAAUGACCAGGGGGGAUGCUACUCGCACGUGGGAAGAAUAGGAGGGGGACAAACGCUGAACUUGGGAGGCGGAUGUGCAGACUAUGAGAACGUGAUCCUACAUGAAUUCAUGCAUGCCGUUGGUUUUCAACAUGAGCACAGCUCGCCUGAUCGUGACAACUACAUUUGGAUACUGUACGAGAACAUAGUUGACGACCAGUACGGCAGUUUCAAUAAAAUCCAGGAUGUGACUCCCUUUGGCCAACCAUACGAUCUCUGCACCAUAAUGCACUAUACCGAAUACGCCUUUUCGAAAAAUAACCAGCCUACUAUAGUGGCAAAAUCAGUAAGCAGGCAGCACUCAUAA